AUGCCAUUUCAACACUCGAACAGUGCUGCUUCGACGCAGCUUCUCUCAGCACCGACUAGCCAGCUCGCAGCGUCUAGCUUCUCUCCGCUUCCGCCGGUCAUUGCUAAGUCAGCGCUCGCCGAGUCGUCUUCUAGGCCACGCUCCGACUUGCAGACUUCGACCACGCCUUCUGCCCGUAAACAGCAUCACGUCUCGUUCAAGGACGAUCCCGAGCCCUCUGCCAAAAACACAAAGCAUCGCGGCCGCAAUCACCGCGCUUCGCAGUCGAGCUCUCGCCUGGACACCUCCGACCUCAAGGACAGAGCCUCCGAGCAUGGCAGCUCCCGCCACUCCGCCGCCUCUCGCACCUCCUCUCGUCAAAGUCGUAGCGAUGCCAAUGAGCACGAGUCAUCCAGGUCUGUAGCCGGCGACAGUGCUCCCAGCACCUCUUCCCGCAACCGCAGGUCUCGUCAUCGUUCCGAAAAGCGUUCCGAGCGCUCCCACCCUUCGCAACCUCAGUCUGAGCAUGCAACCAAGUCCAACGUCCAAGAUACAGUCUCCUCAAACACCCGCAGUGCACCUUCCGCUAGGUCAGAGGCUUCUGCUUCUCCGCACAAAAGGGAUGUCGGGCCAAGGGAAGCCAGUAGCUCAAGCAGGCGCAGUAGACAGCAAUCCGCUCAAGGCAUCCUUCCAGACCUGCGCAAUCAGGAAGCCUCGCGAUCCGAGGCGGGCAACCGCUCUCAACAUUCAUCUUCCAGCCGUCGAGAUCGCUUUGCCCUCCCCCACGAUGCCCGAAGUAUGCCGGGAGAUCCUUCGACCAGUCGCUCUGGCCGCCAGCUGUUUGAUCCCAGACGCGACGAUCCUGUCAAGUUCGCCUCACAGCAGAGAAGCCAGGGUGAUGCUCGUGCCACUUCUGGUGUCUCUUCUCCUCACACCAACUCAACGCCUUCCUUUCAGCCUCAAAUCCUGAUGCACAGGGAAGCUUCCAACGCUUCGAGCGGUAGCCAUCUCGGUCGCAGCCCCAUCAUCAAAUCGUCUGUGUCCGACAUGGCUUUUACCUCCGCCGUAGAUCCGUCGGACCCUAAGGCUCUCCAGGCGCACAUAGCCGAGGUCAAAAUGGUGUAUAGAUCCUUGUCUGCAAUGGAAGCCAGCCUUCAAGAAGCACAUCAAGCCGAGGUUGAAAGAGCACGUCACUCCAUGGCUGACUAUAUCCCACCAGACCUGCGAGAUCCUUCCUACUGGAUCACCCUGAUCAGCAAACAUCGCCAGGUGGCAGAGUUACACUCUUCCUUCCUCGAGAUGACAUGCCGACCAGAGUUCCCCCGCGAACUCUCAAAGCUUGCCGAAGUUCGUAAUAUGCCCGCACGCUUGUGGCAAACGGCAUUCCAUCUCAUGCUCGAGAGCCUCCGUACCAGCCUCUCCUCGAACCACCAUCUGCAGAGCAACCAGCGCAAGUCUGAACUCCUGGAUCAUCUCACCGAGUUCAUUUACUACGCCUACUCUUUCUACUCCGCCUUGCAAGAAUCUGAGAGGUACAAGAGCAUGCGCAGAGCAUGGAUCGAGAGUCUCGGCGAUCUUUCACGUUAUCGCAUGGCAGUUGCCGGCUUGGCGUCAAGCAUGUCGAUCGAUGGACAAGGUGAUGAGAUUCGCAAUCCGCCGUCCACCGAUCACGAUACCAACUCGCCCGUCGAUGCACGCAUCGAUGAUGACGACAAUGAUGCCGAAUACGACCAAGAUGUUCUAUCAGAUGCCAGCGUAACAGACGAACUUGACGACUCCGUUCAUCGUGCUCGCCAGGAUCCGGGCGAAGAUAGGGUGAAAUCUCGCAAAAGGUCCAAUGCAGACACUCGCAAAAACACACCGCCCGCAAUCGAAGUCGAAAAGGCCAGCAUUGGUACUGCCGCCCUUGGCGAUUGGGAGUGGACCGAGAAGGAGACUUGGCGUCAAACUGCCAAGGGCUGGUACGCCAUGGGUAUCACCGAGACUCCCAACAUUGGAAGGCUUCACCACCACCUCGGUGUACUCAGCCGUGGUGACAACGAUCUCAGGGCUGUCUACCAUCUCACCAAAAGCCUCGUAGCCGCCAAGCCUUUUGCGUCAGCUAGAGAUAGCAUCCUCCUUCUGUUCGAGCAGCAGCGACAGGCUCGUCGAGUGCGGCGAGAUAGUCCCAUCGAGGAGCUCUUCCUCUAUCUGCAUGGCAUCCUCAUCACUCGUGUCCAGCUUGACGACUUUGAGCCAGUCUUUGAUCGGCUAAUGGCAAAGCUUACGAGGCUAGUUGAGAAACAGGGGCCAGCAGGGCUGCCGCAAUCUACGUGGACCAUGAUGGCCGCUAUCAACAUCGCAGGUCUCUUCCAAUACGGCGCCGAAGACUCGGUUCUUGCGGACCUCUUGUUGCAACAGAUGGACAAAUCCGGAGGACGACCGAACAGGACGCAUAGAUCCAAGGCCAGCACCCCAACUGCGAUCAUUGUCAGCUCCAAUACGGCCAAAACCGACGACAACUGUCUGAGUGAGCUGCCCAGAGAUGCGGAAUGGGACGAUCCGAGCGAUGACGAGUCCGAGGCGGGUGAAGACGUCCAGAUGAUUUCCUUGGAAUCAAAGGGCGGCAAUGAUGAGCAGGAGGCAUUGGAGGUGCUGCCUGACAUUCUGGAACGCGCUGCCACGCUCAGUUUCAGCAUGCAAUCGCUCACCUUUGACCUCUUUAGCGCUGAUGCAGCCUUCCGAUCGAAUCCUUACAACACAACCAUUAGCACAUUUCUCAUCUCUCUCUGUCAGUCCAAAAAGGCCUUCCGGAUGCUGGAGCGCUUCAUUCCGUGGCAUCAGUGGCUGCGACAUGUCGAGAAGUCGCUGUCUCUUGUCGAGCGCUCCUGGCCCAAAUGUCUUUCAAGUUCGUACAUCACAGCACAACUGCUGCUGCCAGAAGACUUUUGCCUGCGCGGUAUCCUGGGCUUAUCGCGGCAUCUCUACGAUCGAAAUCUUUGGCGGAACGCUGCAAACGACGGUGCCAUCGCAGCGCCGCAGGGUUUCGACAACGAGGUGGAAGUGCUCGACGCCGAUGAUGCAGAGCUGUACACACGGACCGAGUCCGCCUGGCGCAUCGCGGCUUCUCGCAGAAAGGAAAGCGGCGACGCACCAUCAUCCUUGGACACGGUGCGUGGAUAUCGUCUUGCCUUCGUGGCUAGGAAGCUGGCGAAAGCAGGACGAGGCUUUGACCUGGACACCAAGUCGUCGAUGCUGUCCUUGUCAAAGAUGCUGCUUGCUCGCAUCGCGAGACGCAAAAUGGAAGAGGAACAACUGCAGCUUGAGCGUCGUAUCCAGGAGCUUGCGCUAUACGAUCGCGUUACCAUCACAUCGGUUCCGCGAGCGGGAGAAGAGGGUCAAGGGUCAGACGACGACGACGACGAUGACGACGACGAUUUCGACAGCGACUGGGACUCGGACCCAGACCUGCGGCGUCACGAGGCAACGCUGGGGUUGACGCGCGAAAGCGUCGCCAAAUUCGAAAGUGAAGAGCUAACGGAUGAGAUCAAAGCAUUGCAUGCGCGCCGCUGUUACCUUGAACAGGUGCUCAAGGGCGUCACACGGAGACUGUCAGGACGGUGCUAUGCACCUGCCAAGCCAGGCAAGGCUAGUGAAGUGGGCACGCGCAGGAAGGACGUUGGCGCGCGAGCUGAUGCGUGUGAAAACGUGUUCGCAGGCUACACGGUGCUCGUCGUCGAUACCAAUGUGAUCGUGACUCCUGGGCAAGUGAUCGCGCAGCUGAUCGAGUCACGACGCUGGACGGUGAUCAUCCCUUUGGCGGUCAUCACCGAACUGGACGGCCUGCGGCGCAACGACAACGAGCUGGGACACGAGGCGGAGCGCGCGAUCCAGAUGCUGGAAUUGCGCAUCAAAUCGCAUGCCAAGUACGUCAAAGUGCAGACGAGCCGUGGCAACUACCUGAGCGACCUGUCGUGUCGGUGCGAAGACAUUGAUUUUACCUGGCAAGGCACCACGCCGCCCGCACCCGCACCCGCUUCCGCUUCCGCUUCGGCACCAGCAUCGACACCCGACACAUCGCCCAACCUCGACGCCCUCGCUGGGCCAGACUCGAAAUCGGUCGCUGCGCGCAACGUCGACGAGGUCAUCCUCCGCAUCCUCGCUUGGCAGAAGGACAACUUCGUCGACCGUCGCAUCCUCCUUGACCUCGACCACCCCAGCCUCCCGCCUACUGCCCACAAGUGCGUCCUCCUCACCUUGGACCGCAACCUCCGCAUCAAAGCCAAGAGCCGCGCCCUGCCCAGCUUGGACGCCAACGCCGCAGCUAGCCUGCUCGACCGACGCGACCGCGUGCCCUGA